GUGUUGGAGGUCGCACAUACAUCGUGGAAACUCUGAACAUGGCUCCCAAUAUUACCUUCGAAGUGGCCCCUUCCUACGCGCCAAAACUAACCGUGGCCAGAAGAAAAGAAGCGAACGAACUGAGAAAGACUCUAAAACCUCUGAUGGAAAAGAGGAGGCGCGCGCGCAUCAACGACAGCCUCGACCAUUUGAAGAGUCUCAUCCUCCCGUUGAUCGGAAAAGAUAAUCCCCGGUACUCAAAGAUCGAGAAGGCUGAUAUUCUCGAGAUGACCGUCAGAUUCCUGAGUGAUCUCCCGAAUUCGCCCGCUAAAAAUCCAUCUGACAGUUUCAAAGAUGGGUACAAAGCAUGUCUUCAGCGCGUCUCCACGCUGCUCCCAAGAACCAAUCUCCUCAACGAAGACACUUGCCAGCGCGUAGAAGACUACAUCCAGCAGUCCAUGGCCGCGGUUGAAACCCCUGCCUGCCAGAAUUGCUGUGCCCAGAAAAACGUCUUUCCUCAAGUGAACCACAGAGUUCGAGCCUUCAAAUGUGGCGGGAAACCCAGAGCCGAGAUCCACCCAAACAGCGGACCACCAAACAGAGUCAUGGAGCAAGUGCCACCCGUCCUCAGUGCUAAUAUGUGGCGGCCGUGGUAG